AUGAAGGCCAAACCUGCACCUUCGUUAUCUAGAACUGAUUCAUCGUCAUCCACCUGUGUGCAAAAGCCACCUCCUUCUCCCUCUAAGAUUCCACUUCCAGUGUCCCCGAUUAAGCGGCAUGCAGGAACAUCCCCAGUAAAGAAGCCGUUUAUUAGUGGCUCCAGCAUUUUUGGUCCAUCGAAACCCAAGUCUUCCCUAUUCACAUUGUCAUCAGCUCUAGAAAAGCUUGCUAUGCCUCCGCCGAGUCGGCCGAACACAAGUUUGGGCUUCAAUGUCAAUUCAGACAAAGACGGGCACACAAGAGCAGCGCAUUCGGUAGUUAAGGAUGACGGUGCUGUCACCGGCUCAUCGAGGACAUUUGCGAGACCGACGGCAUCUUCGCUAAAGCGUCAUGCUACAAUUGCUGGUCCUAGCCGAAUUACCUUGGUGGGGCAGAUGAAAGAUAGGAGCGGAGCACUUGGGCGCACGACAACUGGUAUCUUUGGUUCAGGUUUGGUGAAGCCAUCUAUGAAGGCCAGUCGAAAGACGAGUUUACCAAGUGUCAUGGCGAGUCCAGUGAAAGGCGGAGGCACCUUUGACGAUAAUCAUUUCCCCGCGAGUCUUGGAGGAGCGGAAGAGGAUCCCGGGCAGGAGAAGCAACUGGAUGCGGCAACCUCACCCAUACCGUCAGACAGUAAAACCUCCGAAGAGAAUAAGGAGGCCGACCUCGUGAUUGAAGAACUACGAGGCUCAGCCGACAAGGGCAAACAACGCGAAGGAUGGGACUCGCGCCGUGCAUCAAGCGCAUUGCAUGCUUUAUCGCAAUCCCUCUCUGCACUGCCGAAGACUCCGCCGAAGCUGGUCGCGGCGGGCACGCGUACAGGGCUUCGGUCAUCAAGUAGUACAUACUAUGGUUCAUCAGGUUCAGGCUCCAAAUCCGCUCCGGAUGGGAAGGACAAAAUCAAUGUCAGCGAAAUUAUCGAUAGUGCAGCUCUGCAGCGGAACGUACAUUCCAAGAGUGACGCCGCUGCUAGUCCCGUGGAAGGUGGCAGUGCAGGUAAGAGCGUGUUGAAAGUGUUGAAGAAGUGUGCAAUAUUUGUGGAUGUGCGGACGGAUGACGGUGAUGACGCGGGGAGUCUAUUUAUCGACAUGUUAAGAGGGCUCGGCGCCAAAAUACUCGGUCGUGUGGGGCAGAGCUGUACACAUAUUGUAUAUAAGAAUGGUUCAGCGAGCACGCUGGCCCGAUAUCGACUUCUGAAUGCCCCAAAACCACUCGUCGUUGGCAUCGCAUGGGUAGUGGAGUGCGUUGAGCAAAGAUCGAGGGUAGAUGAGGUGAAGUUCAAAGUUGAUCUAGAACUGGUCAACGUUGCGGGCACCAACAAGAGGCGACGUUCUAUGCUUCCGAAGCAUAUGUCACCUCUGGCCGAUAGUGUUGGGUCGAAUUACAUUCCGGUCAACCUCUCAUCUGAUGACAGUGAGGGACAGCGACAACCAGAUGAUAGCAGUGGCUCACCAGACGAAGACAACCUGCCACCGCUCGAACGUGCACGGAGACGGCGGAGCACUCUUCCUGGUGGACAGACACGACUGAUAUAG